AUGGCUACUACUAUCAUCCAACGUACUCCAGUUGAUAUGCCCGUUCCUAAAUCUAGUGCUGCUCCAAAAUUCACUGGAUCUUAUGUCGACGUCAAGAACUUUUUGGAUCACUGCGACCGCAUUUUUGAUCAGUACAAUGUCACUCUCGACAAUGACAAAAGCAGAGAAAUCAUUGAAGGUUUACCCAGCCAUCAUGCCAAGCAAUGGGAACGACUCAAGACUGAUAUGCUCAAGAUCUUUGACCAUGCUAGGACGACGCAGAAGUUCACGUUGAGUACUCUUUGUGCUUAUGCUUUCCAACACUCCAAUCUUUCUAUGCGCUCUCUCGACGACUUCCGCGAGUAUCAGAAGCAAUACAUUUGCAUCGCUGGUUGGCUUCUCAACAACAACAAGAUAUCCAAGACGGAAUACAAUCAAUACUUCUGGCUAGGAAUCAAUGAAUCCCUCCGACCUGCGCUCGAAAGCAAGAUCAUGGUCUUUAAUCCUCAUAUCGAUCUCUCCUCACCUUUUUCCAUUGAAGACGUCACCAAGGCAGUUGAAAUCAUCUUCAAACAAGACCGCUUUGAUGUUGGAAUCUUUGACAAUCCUUCUGCACGCCCCUUCACGUCUCUUAUUCCUCCAAAGGAUUUGUAUCCAGAGCGCUCAUCAGUCUUUGACGAGAUCAAGAAGUACUUAUAG